AUGGAAUUGAAUGCGCAAGGUCCGUUGGAUCAAGGGCUUAUUAAAGCUUUAUCUGCUGGACACGUGGACCCUUCUACACCGUUCAAAGAGUCCUUUCUGGGUCGUGAAUAUGCCCGAGUCAAUGACGGGCUAAUACAUUGCGAUUUGCUCCUCCACAAUGCUAUUUGA